AUUGCAAAUGUAAAAGAAUUAGAACACGAGAGCCGAAGUCAUUCGACCAAGCCCGGAGAGUCCGAAAAAGCCAGAAAAAAAAGCCCCGAGAAAGCAUUUUCGUUCCUAACCAACAUUUUUGCUCCAAUCAAAGCAAAGAGAGAAAAAAUGGAAGUGGAGGGUUCAUCGAAGAAGAUGAUAGCAACCCAGGAAGAGAUGGUGGAGAACAAGGUCCCCAUCCCAUACCGAGACCAAUGCGCCCACCUUCUCAUCCCACUCAACAAGUGUCGCCAAGCGGAGUUUUACUUACCUUGGAAAUGCGAGAUCGAACGCCACUCCUACGAGAAGUGCGAGUACGAGCUCGUCAUGGAGCGGAUGCUGCAGAUGCAGAAGAUUCGUGAGGAAGAGGCCAAGCUGAAACAGGCUGGGAAACAAGGCGGCUCUAUUCCUCUCAUUCCCAAAACUGCUAAUGCUUAAGCUACCUCCAUGGAAGGUUUAAACUGCUUUGGCGGAUGUUUGAUGUUUGUCACCGUUGAGGGAAAUUUGAAACUAUUUGUCCUGGAUUAAUGUAAAGGAUGCUAUUUCGUUUCUGUUC